ACCAUGGUUUCUGUUCAGAGGAUGCCAGGCGAUAUGGCUCAAGCGCUCAUCAUCUCCGCUCAAGUUCUGCUCUCACUCUUGCUCUGCUUCUUCGUAGUAGGCCGCUACUACUUGGCAAGGCGAUCAGCGAACGAUUGCCACGACAAUGGCCGCCGUCUCCCACCGUCGCCUCCGAAGCUCCCACUCAUAGGCCACCUGCACCUCAUCGGCCCCGACCCGCACAUCUCCCUCGCCGAGCUCUCCCGGAAGCAUGCCGGCAGCGACGGCCUCAUGCUGCUCCGCCUCGGCCAGGUGCCCAACCUCGUCGUCUCAUCCCCCAGCGCCGCCGAGGCCGUCCUGCGCACGCACGACCACGUCUUCGCCUCCCGCCCGCCGUCCAUCGUCGCCGACGUCCUCCUCAGUGGCCCCUCCGACGUCGCCCUCGCUCCCUACGGCGAGUACUGGCGGCAGGCGCGCAAGCUCGUCACCACCCACCUGCUGAGCACCAGGAAGGUGCGCGCGCUCCAGGGCGGCCGCGAGGAGGAGGUGCGCCUCGUGGUCACCAAGCUCCGGGCGGCCGCGGCCGCGCGCUCUGCCGUCGACAUGACUGAGCUGCUCGGCGCCUUCACCAACGACGUCGUGUGCCGCGCCGUGUCCGGGAAGUUCUUCAGGGAGGAAGGCAGGAACGAGCUGUUCCGGGAGCUCAUCGCCGGGAACGUGGCCGUGAUCGGGGGUUUCAAUCUAGAGGACUACUUCCCGAGCUUGUCAAAGAUCGGUCUUAUCCGGCGAGUGGUGCUGGGCAAGACGAACAGGCUGAAGAAGAGGUGGGACGAGUUGCUCGACAAGAUCAUAGACGACCACACAACGAAAUCAACAUCGCUAGAAGGUUUACAUCAUCAUCAACACGAUGAGCUAGAGCAACACCAACAAGAUCAAGACAGAGACUUGGUGGAUGUUCUCCUCUCUCUUCAACAUGAGUACAAUCUCACUAGAGACAACGUCAAGGUCAUCUUGCUGGACAUGUUCUCUGCGGGCACAGACACGUCAUCCAUCGUCCUGGAGUUCGCCAUGGCGGAGCUCAUGCGGAAGCCACACCUUAUGGCCAAACUCCAGGCCGACGUGAGGAGCAAGACACCCAAGACCCAGCAAGCAGUCAAGGAGGAUGAUUUGGGCAACAUGUCCUACCUCAAGGCCGUGGUAAAGGAGACGCUCCGGCUUCACCCGCCGGCGCCGCUCCUCGUCCCGCACCUAUCCAUGGCCGAGUGUGAUGACGUUAACGGCUACCUAGUCCCAGCCAGGACACGCGCCAUCAUCAACGCGUGGGCUCUCUGCAGAGACACCGAGUUGUGGGGGGAGAAGGCGGAAGAGUUCCGGCCGGAGAGGUUCAUGGAUGGGGCAAAAGCGACCGCCGACUUCAAAGGUAGGGAUUUUCAGUUCUUACCGUUUGGAGCCGGGCGGAGGAUGUGCCCCGGCAUGGGCUUCGGGUUGGCCACGGUCGAGGUCAUGCUCGCCAACCUUGUCUAUUGCUUCGACUGGGAGCUUCCCGACGGGAUGAAGGAGGAGGAUGUUGACAUGGCCGACGUGUUUGGAGUGACGAUGCGUCGGAAGGGGAAGCUUGUUCUUGUCCCAAGAAUACCGCGAGAUGAAAACAUAUAGUGCAUGGGCACCAUACUAUCAGUUAGUAUAGCCGCAAUGAAAAUUUAUACCAACCCAAAUAUGAACAUCACCUAGUUAUGCUUCUCUCCUACACGAUGUAAAACGCAGGAAUAACUGUACUUUUUGCAGGAACUGUUUCUUUUGGAGAGAUAAUUAAAUACACAUGUUGCAUUGGACUUCUCAAAAGAAGUGAAAACAUAUAAGGU